AUGGACGACAGCGAACUGCCCGAGCUGUUGUUUUUCGACACGUUUUCCCACGAUACCUAUGAGCGUAAUCUCGAUCUGGUGCAGUUUCCCAACCCGGUUUACAUAACGGAAGUGCGUAUCAUUCCGCUGGGAGCGCGCGUUCAUGCCGACUUCCCGGGUGGUGUACGACUCGGGGCGACCAAUCCUUCCAACUUUCACAUCGAGUUGUUCGUGAAUGAUCUGGGCAAGCCCGGCGCGGCGGUGUUCGAGAGCUUGGGUGAGUUCGAAUACAACCAGAACAACUGCAUCCAUCUUCAAUCCCCCGCCCGGCGCAUACCCACCGACGGCCUGGUGCUCAAGGGCUGGUACACCACUAUGACACUCGCCGUGUACGGCAUCCUGACCACCAGCAUCGUUGAGCCGAUUGUGUCGCCCCGGGAAAUGACGCCACAUCCAAGCGAUGUAAACACCAUGCUGAUAGGCGGUGGUCACGAAUCGGGCAGCAUUGCAGAGCCGCUACACGGAUGCGGUGGCGAAUGGGUGCAGGAGGGUCCUAGCGGUAUGAUGGUGAUUGUCAAUCCGAACGAAGUGUUCGUUCAGAAGGAAUACCCGGACGAUAACAGCGAGGACGCACCAAAGGACCCACGGCCUUACGCUCGCAGGGCGGCAGCAGCCGCAGCGGCCGCGAUCGCCGUAAGUGCAGCAAGUCCACCCGAACCGAUCUACGAACCGCUCGAAAGUGGUAAGAUACUCCCUGGGGACUGUGACCUGCCGGACAAGCGAAGCGGAAAGUGCCCGCAGUUGCGUUCGUCCGACCAUCUUCAACAGGAGCAGUAUACCUACGAGUCGGUUCGUUCGCCACGGAUGCGCCGUCACAGCAACCGUGAUGAAUUUUCACGGUCACCCAGUCUCUGCAAGGAGUACGAUUCACCGCCCAGUCUGGCCAAGCAGGCUCCACACGGUCCACGGGAACCCGAGUGGUCGCGCAGCCCGGACUACCUGGAGCAAGCGUCGAACCAGCACCUGGAGCAGCCACCGCUUCCGCCGCUAUCGCGGUCCCGGCGAUUACGCAGUGAUUCGUUUGAUCGACUGCGCAGGGAACCUUCCUUUGAGCGGUUGGAAAAGGAAGACCGAAGGCGACCCCGGUCGCCACUUGAUUCACCACGCCGGCCGCGCUCGCCCGAUCGGAACGAAUCGUCACCAGAUGGGAUGGACGAGGAGGAGGUGGAAGACCUGGAGAUGCUGGUCGACGAGGAGGAGGACGUUGAUGAAGAGGAAGGGCUCCGGCAUAGUUUUCAUCGGGUACCGCAACCGUCAGUGGCACCAAUGGCGUCAAGCGGCAAAUACGGGCGCGACAAACGAGGCGGAGGUAUGAUGAUGCCAGGUGGACCAGAAAGCCGGUCCCCGCAGCAUCACCAUCAGCACCAUCAUCAUCACCAUCACUAUCAGCAACAGCAGCAACAGCCGCAACCGCAACAGCAGCAGCAGCAGCAGGCGUUAUCCUCUAGCGGAGCGACCACUCCACCAUUACCAUGUGAACCCGUCACUAUAACGCCAGUCGCGUCUCCCGUGAUAACGUCGAAUGAAGAGGACACCGUCUCAGUGACCGAACAGUUCGAGCCGAUACUGAGCGAUGAAGAGAUCACGGAGGAUUACGACUACGACUCGGAGUGCGAGUUCGUUUCUGACUAUUGCAAACCGUUCAAUCCGAUAACAACAACGCUGGUGCGCUACGAGCGUGCGGAAGAGUGCUCCUUCGGUGCAAUCGAACAAAAGAUGCUGGCGAGCAUCGAACAUUUGCUUGCUCAAGAGCGAUACAGUCGCAAAGCAACGGAGAAUUUCCUCCACGAAUCGGCCGAGUGGCGUGAGCGGUUCGUCGACUACGCCGAGCAGCUGGUUCAGCACUUCAGUCAGUUACUGCAGAAGUACGAUGCCCGCGAGAGUUUCUCGCAUCUGCUCGAGCAAUGGAUUGUAGAUGGGUGGCCCGGUGUGGAAACGCUGAUAAACUGCAUACGUAUCGGGCUCGACUUUGACCGAGCGAUGGUGCAGGUACAGCCGGCGAUGAAGCUGCGCCACAUGAAGGCUGGCAUCCGGCUGACCGAGUUUGUCGGGCCGUACGAGUGCUUCAUGCGACAGAUUUUGCAACAGGACGACUUCAAUCUCUUCGAUCGCUUUCUCGGGCUCUACUCGCAAAACUUCAUGGCCCUCUCGAUUAAGCUGAUGAUCAUUCGCAGCAUGUACGCGUGUUUUGAUACUCAGUUCGCGCUCAAGUACUUUCUUUCGGCGUCCUACAAUGGCUACCAGAUCCUGUUGGACUUGCUGCAGGAAAACCCGUCAACGCGCAUUGCUUUUGCGCUGAAAUCGUUGCUGCGUAAAAUCACGCUGCAUGAAACGGUAGAACUUAUCGGAACCACCGUCCCACAGCUGUACGAGCAGCAGAUGAAAGAUGCAUCAGCCAAACGGGUAGCUAAUAUCACGCCGCCACCAUCAUUGCUACCGGUGCAGGAAACGAUUGAACUGCUUCACAGACUUCUCACCGAGCUAACAAAAGCGAUCUCGUUGAAUGAAAUUAUGCUGUCGCAACCGAAGCGUUUCCUACCUGUUACGGCCAAGUUCGAAAUUCACAAAGAUUUGUUCUCGUUGACCAACGUUAACCGUACGAUUGUGCAAUUUUUCCGAACACACCGUUUGCUCGAAUCGCUGCUGAUGUUGCUCGAUCUGAAGGUAACACCCGGCCCGCUCUGCGAAACGAUUCUUAAUCUGGUGUCGAUUCUGCUUGGUAGUCUGCCCAAGUUACGCUACCUCGUCGAACGAGCGCCGAUUAGCAACCUGUUGCACAAGUGGCUCUUCCAGCAGCUACCACUGCCAACCGAGUCGCUUCCGGGUUCGCACAACGCACCGAGCCCCUCCUACGAGUUGGUGCAUUCGGAACUCACACGCGCUCAGUUGCUCGGCUUGGAGUUGGCCUACAAACUGCAAACGAUGUACCAUCUAGAUGCAUUGGCGAGCUUCCGGUGCGUGGUAACCCCUGCGGCAAUCUCAAACACACAGCACGUCGUGCCUGCCGAUCGUGAGCGGGACAGGGAUCGCUUGGCGGAGUGUCUGCAGGCCCUGUAUCAGCUUGCGCAAGGUGUCGGCCGCCGGUACGUCGUGGAGGUGCUCUGCAUGGACGGGAACCUGACGAUACUGCUCGAGCUGCUCGAGCGUGAGAAGCGUCAGCUGGCAAAAGACGAGGCCAGUUCUCCGGGCUCCGGGAAGCAUAAGUCGCCCAUCAUCAGCUACUGCGUCGAUAUGAUAGACCUUGCGGUACGGAACGCUGACGGCGCUGCCUACCUUGCGCACCACGGUCUCGCCCUGCUUAGUCUGGUGAAGCAGCACGAGCAGUUCGAAGGUUCGGUCGGUGCGGCGCUGCAGGAGCUCGCCAUCUACCUGAAGCCACUCGAGCUACACGAUCUAUUCUCGUACGUCGACAUCGGCCCGUUGGUGGAGCUGAUGAAACGAAGCGUCGAGUAUGUGACUGCGUUUCCGGGAGACCUCAUCACGGCUCUACGCUUGGUGCAGUUCCUCGCCAUUCCGCAAUACGAUCUCUGCGAACAGCCGUACGGGCAUGCCGAGUUCAAGUACAAGUAUACGCUGCUGCAGUUCUACUCGGCUGACGGCCAGGCACUACUGCUGUCGGUGUUGGAGAAGCUCAACCUCUAUUUUGACCAGCCAGCCAUCCACGCGUCAAGCCUGGCCAGCACCCAGGGCGUGUUGUUAACGCAGAUCCUGUGCCCGACGGUGCAUAUUUUGCGCAAGCUCGUCUCGUACCUGAUCGAGUGUCGCAACACGGAGUUUCGUGACCUAACGCCGAUCGAGCCACUGCUGCGGACGUACGCCUUGAUGCAGAGCGUGCCGGUGAACGCCGCCGCCGCUACCGAUGCACGGCACGUGCAGCGCGAGAUCGUGCGCGUUCUGGUGGCCUACACCCAGCCGGCUCCGGCUGAGGGGCUCGACACGAACAACAUCCACCGAAGCCUGUGGACCCAGAUGAUCGGGGAGCUGACGAACUUCACGCGACACGGUCCAAACUACUUUCUACCCGGGUUGCUAGUGUUGUGCGAACUGUUGCCGCUACCGCUGCCCUUGUACUGCCACCAGGAGCUCAGCUCGGCCGAAGUGUGCCAGCUGAUCAAAGAGCGUCAGCUAUGGUCGGCCCACCUUCACCCUCAGAGCCCAGCCAUCGGAGAGCUUAUCCAAACGAUAUGCACAUCCAGCUAUACACCGCUGUUGGUAGUGCUCAGUCGCGCUUGCCUGCAGCUGGCGGAUCUCGCCCCAAACAUGACACUGCUCAUAUCGAAGUCGAUUGCCGACCUGAUUGUCAACGAGCCGCUGUUGCACGGAGGUCUGGCCAGCACUAGCCACGCCCGGUUACUGAGCUUUCUCGCCGGGUUGGUUUGCCACCCGUCUGUGAAGGUGUCCCUGCUCUCCAUACUGCCGGGUCGCAUCAUGGACAUGAUGAUGAGCGUACUGCUGAAGUCCGGCCAGACGCCUGCCCACCAACAAACGCAGGAGCACAUCUACGUAGUGUUCCAGAGUCUGUUCGAUGCGGAAAUUGCACUCAUGUCUGGUGACGGUAUCGAUCCGGCUCGCCAGUUAGCCUGCGCGCUGCCGCCGAAGGAAAUUAUCGACACUUUCGGCACGAUGUGUGCGGAGAGUGUGACGUCCCCCGAGAUUGGCGUCACUGUGCUUAUGGCGGCCCUUCGCACAAUGCUGCUGUUGACGGAAAACGACACGACCUUUGUGACACUGGUUGCCAAUCUAUUACGGAGACGUGAAGCCUGGAAUGUAGUGUUGUGCAAGUUUCUGCACAAAGCGAAAAGCAAUCCGGAACCAUUCCGGGUGCUGUUUGGCUUGUUGAGCGAAUUUUGGCGGGCGCUUACCGAGGUCGAUAACAGUAUCAUCAUCCAGGGGUUGAAUUUGCCCAGACGCACGGUAACACUUUCCGUCGGUCAGCUAGUGCAACUGCUUCCGUUGCCGGAUCGUGGUGAAGUGGACGAGCGUCGAGCAGCGCUGGUACUGCUGGAAGACUUGAACAUUCUGUUUCAAAGCAAACAACAGGACCCUACCAGUCCGAGUGCGGGUAUCGCAGUUGCAGCGAACGGCACCGCAGUUGCUGCUGCUAGCCCGAGUGCGGUUAGCGCAGUUUCAGCGAGUGGCAUCGGUUCGUCUUCAAGUACUAUUUUGACUGAUAACCUGAGCAUUUUGCACGGCCAGCUAUCAGCAGCAGCAGGAGCAGCAACUACCGCUGCUGCUGCUACUGUUGCUGCAGAAAGCGAUGAGCCGCCACCAUCCCCAGAGACCGACUGGAGUGCGGUCACUGUCGAUCCGUUACCGCAGGCAGAGGGCAUCGUCACGCAGUACGGUUCCCGGAGUGUGUACGUGGUGAGUGACGACUGCGCGGAGCAUCACAAGCUGUGCGACUGGCUCGGUUUUACGCCCGGAGAGGACGAUCUCGGGCGAGAACAGAUACCGUGCGAUUUGCAGGAUCUAGCCAAAACCUGUCUAACCGGGGACACCAAUCUGACUGCCGACUGCAAGCGUCUGUUGCAUCUAUCAGCGUCGCCACACUCGAACCGAGACCGGCUCACGACCGCGCCGUGCUUUAGAACGCGCCGCGUGGAGGUGGAACCCAGCACCGGACGACCGGAGAAAAAAAUAUUCGCUACGCCCCUACGCGGACGAUGCUUUUCGCGUGCUCCGACCACCCGAGGGGACCUGUUCCGGUCGCGGCCCCCGAACACAUCUCGUCCUCCUUCGCUGCAUGUGGACGAUUUUCUGGCACUGGAAACGUGCGGUGCUCAGCCAACCGGACCAACCGGCUAUAACAAGCUGUCGCGCGACAUCAUCACGAUUCGCGGUUCGAACCGCAGUCGAGGAGGGCGAAAUUAUCCCGAGCGGGCCAGCCGACCGGGUGGUGGCGGCGGUGGUUCCUCGGGCGGGAGCGGUGGUGGUGGUCCUGGCGGUCACUGGCACAGCAACACAAGUGGUAGUGGUGGUGGUGGUAGCGGCGGCGGUGGCAGCGGCGGUGGUGGAAGUAGUUCCGGCUGGUCUUCCUCGAAUGCCUCGCAAAUGCACGAUGCGGGAGGCAGCGUUAGCUCGGCCGGCAAACACUUUGGCGGUGGCAGCGGUGUCAUCGUUAGCAGUGGUCACUACCGCGAUAGCAAUCACUUUGGUGCGCAGCGGUCGCGCUCUGGCCGUGGCUUCAACCGAUACAGCAGUCGGCUGUAUUCGCGGCCGAUCUAACAAGUGUUAUGCGCAGACCACAUGUAGGAA